AUGGGGUGGAACAUUUCACAAUGGCUGGCUUUUGCCCGCGCGAUCCAGAUGCUGGGCGCGCUCAUCGCAGUUGGCUCUUUCGGCUAUGUGACUGUCCGACUAAACAAUACAACCCACGGCGUGUCGAAGCAGACCAUGGUGUUGGAAAUGCUGGCCUGCUUCCUGCUCGGCUACUCCAUCCUGUCCAUCGUCCUUCAACACACCGGCCGGCGGUCGAAGAAGACCCGUUGGUUGACCUUUACCGUUUUUUUUGACGUGUUCCUGAGUACUAUCCUGCUCGGCAUCAUCAAUGUCCUUGCCCGGGGCGGCCUGCCGAUGCAUUGCGCCGGCAUGACACGGCCAGACCUCGACCCUACUAUCGUGCCGUUGCCCGGCUUUACCACGAUUGGUUUUAGCGACGAGGGGCCGGGCCGACGAGGUGAACUCGAUGAUCUGUGUCAAUAUGUAACACCAUACUACGCCGUCGCCAAUUUCCUCAUCUUUACUUAUAUGUUUACUAUUACCGCAACGGUGCUCCGAAUCUUGGAAUCGAAAUACACGAAGAACACAAAGGUCAACGAGAUGCUCGACUCGCUAGAACGAUCGGGAGAUGUCAGCAUGAAGAUUAUGGAGCCACCAUCGCCUCUGGAAGAACUGCCUCGACCGAACUUCGCCCCACCACCCAGCGAGGGUAUCAUGACCCGCACGGCUUCUCUCCGCAGCACCUUCACUGCCGCAACUUCGGUGGCCCCCACGCACACGGGCGGCUCCGGCGUCUCCGUCAUCCCCCGUCGACCGAUCGGUGGUUCCGCGCCACCCGCUCUCCCACGGCGGCCCAUCCCCCCACCAGCCUCGCCAUCCUCAUCCCGCACCGCCGCAAACCCGGGAACAGGAUUUGUCCCUGUCCCUCUCGACGACGACGACAGUGCGGAAGCGGCUCUUGUAUCCGACGGCAUGCGGCACCAACCGCCUCCUCAGCUCCAAAACCAACAUCAACGCAUUCCGUCCCGCGAUUAUCACGCCCCCUUCCCUCGGAUGCCAAUGCUCACAGAAGAAGAUCAGUCCGCCGACGCCGCACUUGUAUCAGAUGGCAUGCAACCUGGGGACCACACGUUACCGCCAUAUCACCCGGGGAAUCGCCGUAUGUCGGGCCAUGGGGGAGAUAACGACACGCGGUUGAGUGGUUAUGUGAAGGGGCAAACAAGGGCACAGAAUAUGAAAGAUUCAGGGGGAUACUGA